GAAAUUCACACCACCAGCACCUACCGCAGGAAAAUGAGCAGAAGCCAGGAGAUUUUCUUUUACACUUAGAAGAAAUAAAAAGCCAUGGGCACGUUUUCUGUUUUUAACACCAGCAAUGUUUCGCAGGCUGACUCUCUGGAGGACAGCGGUAACUGGACAGCGGUGACCCAGUUCACCCAGCCGGGAUGGAGAAUUGCUCUGUGGGCCAUCACCUACUCCUUCAUCGUUAUCACAUCCAUCAUUGGCAAUAUCACUGUCAUCUGGAUCAUUCUGGCACACAGGAGGAUGAGGACCGCUACCAAUUACUUCAUCGUUAACCUGGCUCUUUCGGACCUGCUGAUGUCUGCUUUCAACACCAUCUUCAAUUUCAUCUAUGCCAGCCACAAUGUCUGGUAUUUUGGGGAGGAAUUCUGCAGGUUUCAGAACUGGUUCCCCAUCACUGCAGUGUUUGUGAGCAUUUACUCCAUGACGGCAGUGGCUGCAGAGAGGUACGUGGCCAUAAUCCACCCGUUCAAACCCAGGCUGUCUGCUGGCAGCACCAGGGUGAUCAUUGGGAUGAUCUGGCUGGUGGCAUUCGGGCUGGCCUUCCCACAGUGCUUCUACGCCGAGAUCAUGAUGGACAACGGAGCCAUGAAAUGCAUCGUGGUCUGGCCUGAUGAUGUUGGAUCCAAGCACCAGCUGACGUAUCACAUCGCUGUGAUUGUGCUGAUUUAUUUACUGCCAUUGAUGGUGAUGUUUGUUGCAUACAGCAUUAUAGGAAUUACUCUGUGGAGCAAUUCAGCUGCAGGCAACCACCUUAACAGAGUCCACUAUGAACAACAAGUUAUUGCCAAAAAAAAGUUUGUGAAGACGAUGGUGGUAGUGGUGAUCAUUUUUGCUGUCUGCUGGCUGCCCUAUCACAUCUACUUCAUCCUGGGGAGCUUCAAGGAAGACAUCUACCAGCAGAAGUACAUCCAGCAGGUGUAUCUCGCAGUCUUCCUCCUUGCCAUGAGCUCGACAAUGUACAACCCCAUCAUAUACUGCUGUCUGAACCAGAGAUUCCGCUCCGGCUUCAAGCUAGCCUUCCGCUGGUGCCCAUGCAUAAAAGCAACAGAAAAGGACAAACUUAAACUUAUGUCCCCAUCUCUCUACCAGACAAACCACAGGAAGUCAAGAACAAGUUUCAUCACAGAAACUCAGCCGAAUGAGAAGGAGAAGGCAGCAUUUACCCUCACCCGAUUAACACUUGGAUUUCCUGCUCCUGGUUCUGGCUCUAUCCCAGUACACCAUGUGAAGGCAGCCGAUCUGUAGAAGCCUAAGGCAUGUUUUUUUCCUUCUGGAGCAACCAUUUCCUACAGGACUUCUUUAGAUGCCAUCUGCUUUGAAGGCAGUGUGUUCAUAAUGCUUAUACCCAUGUAGGUCCAAAUAUCACCCAGCUAUGGGUACAAGUUUAGCCCUUCCUUACAUCCACAAUUGCAACACAGAACAGACUUCGUGCCCAAGAGGUCAAAAAACCAGCAGAGCAGAUCUGAGGUAGUGCCAAGCAGUGGAAUAUAAAUCAUUCUUUUCUGCAUUGUGAUCUCCCGAUUUCUGUUCCACCAAAACACUUAAAUUCAGAAAAGAGGUGAUGGAGCAGAAAGGCUGGGGCUCAUGUGGCCCAGUUGGGAUGGGCCCUGGGGGCUGUGUGGGCAGCCAAGUCCCAUGGCUCAGCAGCCCCAAGGCAGAUAACUGUGGAUCAAAGCUUGUUUACAACAAAGGCAAAUAGUAACACAUGCAGACUGAAAAACCCAGCCUGCCCUCAGAAUAUUCUGAAUUUUGGGAUUUUCAUGCCUGCAAUUUCAUGAGCAGAAAGAAUUCCUUAAGAUGUUGUGAUUGCAUGGAUUUCUACAAUCUUGUCCUAGAAUACGUCAUUUUCCUAUUAAACAGUGCUCAAGCGAUUCCUCCUUCACAUUAAUUGCUAAUUAAUAAUCACUCCUAAUUUGAAGAGUGAGGCUCUCAGAAGAGUCAGCAGCCAGGGAUGCCCACGGGCCCAUUGCUCUUUUCCCAGACGAUCCCUUCACCUUCCCUUUACAGACUUACCCCAUAUUUAUCCUCACUGCUCUUCCCAGAUAUGAAAAUAAAGGCUGAAAUACGUCAUCUUCCCAGCCUGAGGAAUUACAUGCAAAACAGG